AAGUGUCGUAUUCUUAUAUACUGUAUAUUGAAAAUAGAAGAAUCUUGAGAUGCAGAAAAUUAUGGAUCAGUGAGUGUUUAGUUCUCCACGCCACCCUCACACUCCAACCACCAACACCUCUCAGAGUCCCUCCAGCUAAUCAAGUCAAAACUCCUUUGCCAGCAUGUCUUUUCUCCCCUCCUAACCUGCUGCCUUGAUGCCAUUCCUCUGCGAGGACCUGGGUGUGUCAAACCAUGAUCAUUUUACAGGGGUGGCACUGUUACCUGUCGAACAGGCUGAUCCACAGCCGCUCCAAGCCAAUCUACCUGCCUAAAAGUGCACCUUCCAGGAUCCAGGUAAUAGGAGGCAGGUAGGGGAGGUGCAGAGGAGGUGGAGCUUGCUGGGACCUCCUCCAGAGGAACAGGGCAGAUAAAAGUCCAUCACGCAGAGAAGGAAGACACUUAGAGGGACUCGACUCUCCUCUUAGUGUGCUCUGCUGAAACCUUGCUCUCUCUGCCCUUCCUUUUCUCUUUGAAUCUUUACCUGUCAAAGGAAAAAAUGAGUGUCAGCUACUCAUCCACGUACAAGAGCGUGGGAAGCUCAAAGGGUGGAGGUUUCGGCUCAAGCUCAAUGAGCGGUGGUUUCAGCGGAGGCUUAAUGAGCGGAAGUUCAUUUGGCAUCGGCGGUGGCAGUAGCGGUGGCACCGUCCGUACAUAUAGCACAAGAUCUGCCUAUGGCGGUGGUGGUGGUGGUAAGGCUAUGUCCAUGAGCAGUGGUGGUAGUUAUAGGAUGAGCAUGGGGGGUGGUGGUGGUGGUUAUGGUGGCGGUGGCGGUUAUGGAGGUGGUGGCGGUGGCGGUUAUGGAGGUGGUGGCGGUGGCGGUUAUGGAGGUGGUGGUUAUGGUGGCGGUGCUGGUGGUUUUGGCGGUGGUGCUGGUGGUUUUGGCGGUGGUGGCAUGUGCGCACCGAUUACAAACGUCCAAAUCAACCAGAGCCUGCUGUCCCCUCUGAACCUCGAGAUCGACCCUCAAAUCCAGCAUGUCCGAACCCAGGAGAAAGAGCAGAUCAAGGGCCUCAACAACCGCUUUGCCAGCUUCAUUGACAAGGUGCGCUUCCUGGAGCAGCAGAACAAAAUGCUGGAAACCAAGUGGAGCCUGCUGCAGGACCAGACCACCACCCGCUCCAACAUUGACGCCAUGUUCGAGGCCUACAUCGCCAACCUCCGCAGACAGCUCGACGGGCUCGGCAAUGAGAAGGUCAAGCUGGAGGGAGAGUUGAGGAACAUGCAGGGAUUGGUGGAGGACUUCAAGAACAAAUAUGAAGAUGAAAUCAACAAGCGCGCAGCUGUGGAGAAUGAAUUUGUGCUCCUCAAGAAGGAUGUUGACGGUGCUUACAUGAACAAGGUAGAGCUGGAAGCCAAGGUUGAUGCCCUUCAAGAUGAAAUCAACUUCCUCAGAGCUGUCUAUGAGGCGGAACUGCGUGAGCUCCAGGGACAGAUCAAAGACACCUCAGUCAUCGUGACGAUGGACAACAGCCGUGCCCUGGACAUGGACGCCAUUGUGGCUGAGGUCAAGGCUCAGUAUGAGGACAUCGCCAACAAAACCCGUUCUGAGACUGAGAUGUGGUACCAGCAGAAGUACCAGGAGAUGCAGGCCAAUGUAGGUAAUGCUGGAGAUGACGUCCGCAACACCAAGGCUGAGAUCGCUGACAUCACCCGUAUGAUUAGCCGCCUCCAGAAUGAGAUUGAGGCAGUAAAGGGACAGCGUGCCAACCUGGAGGCUCAGAUCGCUGAGGCUGAGGAGCGCGGGGAGCUGGCUGUCAAGGAUGCCAAGGCCCGCUUAAGGGACCUGGAGGAUGCCCUGCAGAGAGCCAAACAGGACAUGGCCAAACAAGUGCGUGAGUACCAGGAGCUCAUGAAUGUGAAGCUGGCCCUGGACAUUGAGAUCGCCACAUACAGGAAGCUUCUGGAGGGAGAGGAGUCAAGAAUUGCAACUGGUGGCGGAAGUGCAACCAUCCACGUACAGUCAUCAAGCUCCAGCUAUGGCGGCGGCGGCGGCGGUGGUGGCGGUGGCGGCGGUGGCGGCGGCAUGUCAUAUGGCGGUGGCGGCGGCAUGUCAUAUGGCGGCGGCAGCAGCAGCAUGUCAUUUGGCAGCGGCGGUGGCGGAUAUGGCGGCAGUGGCAGUGGAUUUGGAGGCGGAGGCGGAUAUGGCAGCGGCAUGUCCACUGGAGGUGGCAGCAUGUCAAUAACCCGCACAUCAACAUCAAAAUCAUCAUCUAGCAGACGUUUCUAAAAGCAGCAGCCGUCCAUCUCUACCUUUGUCUUUUUGCCCAUUUUCUUGUCCACCUCUUGAACCUCCAACUACUCAUUAAAGCUUCCAUUACCCCCACCACCUUUGAACAUACGGCAGACCCAGGAACAUUUGUAUUCCACCUUAAACAGCUGGCAAAUUGAAGUAAUGGCGCAGCUUAUUUUGGCAUUUAGUUCCUGUGUUGCUCCUCUCUCUAUGGCACUGCAACGAGAGUAAGAAUUAAAAAAAGAGAAACAUAGAGGCAGAGCAAUUAUCAAACCUGAAAUAGAGCAGCAGAGAUGCGAGUCGGUCCUCUCUCCUUUAAAAAACGUCAGCCUGGCUGUCUUUUGGUUGCUGGAUGUGCUGUCUGGCAGACAAGAGGAUACUUGUAGUGUCAUGUCAGAAAAUCUUUACAAAGCAACAUUCACAAUGCACACAAAAUGACAACAGCAGUUGUAAGAUUUGAGCAGGAGGGUGGGAUUUUAUAUAUGGUCCAAAUUCAUAAAACAUGCAUGGCAUGCAACUGUCACAUCUAUGACACACCUUUCCUGCAAUGUCUCCUCUGUUGUCUCACAUCUGUCAUAUUGUUGUGCAUUUUAACAUCGUAAAGCAAAAGCAGCCCCACUCCACACUAUCAAAUUUCAUUUUUGGGAUCUUCUUUUUCUUCUCCUGUUCUGAGAGAAAAUGAGCUCUCCACUACAGAAAAUCAUUGGGUUUCUGAACCUCCUUUACUUCCAUUUCCAUCCUGAAUAGAAAGCAACAUGGAAAAGGCUGACUGGGAAAACAGAUUUGUCAUGAAUUUGUACCAUCAAAUGCUUGGAAUAAAUCUGAUUUCAUUUUAA